AUGUCUAUCAAAGGAGGUUCUCCGUUAUCAACCAACGCAAGCAGUAGUCCGAAGUCUACGUAUUCGAUACAGUCGGACGAUAAAGUAAAUCACGUUGGGGGUGGUAAUGUUGAAACGCGUACAGGUAAUCCACAAGAGGACAAUAAUAGACGUGAUAUUGUGGUAGUGACAAGAGUGGCUUCUGAUGAGACCUUGGAAUCACAAUCAUCUACCUCAUCAAUGGGAAUUAGACCAGAAUCAUCCUUUAAUUUUGACGAAGUUCCUGGCCAGGCCAGAGCUGAACUGAACAACCGAGUGCAUGCCUCAAACAUGAACAAUAUCAGCAAAUACCAUCCAGUACGAUUCUCAAAGAAUAAUGAAAGGCAAUCGGGCGAGGCAAGCAGUUCGAAUGAGAAAGUGCAAGGCGUUCCUACAGAUCAAUCGUCCACUCAAGAAGAUAAAAUACUCGAUGGUGAUAUUAGCAAUCAGCAAGUAACCCCGUCUCUGAAUAUAGCAGAAUUUCCCACAGAUAAGCUUCUUAAAAUGUUGACGGCAUUAUUAACUAAAAUAAUCAAAUCCAAUGAUAGGACAGCAGCUACAAAUCCUAGUUUGACACAAGAAAUUGAGAACGGAAAGUGUCUUACACUAACCGAUAGUGAAAGGAAAUAUCUAAGUCCUGUUCUGGGGUUCCGAGGAAAGCAUGUACCACAAAUUGGCCUCGAUCAAUAUUUUCAGCGGAUUCAGAAGUAUUGUCCCACAACAAAUGAUGUAUUUUUAUCGCUUCUCGUAUAUUUCGAUAGAAUAUCCAAGAGAUGCAAUAGUACCAACACAAAGCCCAAAACUGAUACCCUCAAAGAUGGGUCAAGCUCAGAUAUGAACCCUUUGAAUAAAAAUAGCAAGGGCGCCGGUAAGAUGUCCGCAUGUAACAGUAACGAAAAUAAUGAAAAUAAUGAUUCGGAUGACGAAAAUACGGAUGUUGGAAGGGAAUUAAGGCCACAUCCCCAGAUGUUUGUGAUGGAUUCCCAUAAUAUUCACAGAUUAAUCAUAGCUGGUAUCACAGUAAGUACGAAGUUUCUGAGUGAUUUCUUCUACAGCAAUUCAAGGUAUUCUAGGGUCGGAGGAAUAUCAUUACAGGAACUUAACCACCUAGAGCUACAGUUUUUGGUUUUAUGUGAUUUUGAACUAUUGAUAUCAGUCAACGAAUUGCAGAGAUACGCGGAUUUACUAUACAGAUUCUGGAACAACGCAAAAGCCCAGUCACAAGCGCUAGUAACGAAUGUGUAG